AGCAAUCAUUAAUAUAUGGCAAUAAAUCAAAAACAAGCAAAUAUCCUAUUUGAACAGGUAAAUAGCAAUAUCAACAUCAAAAUCCUAAACAAAAUGUAUGUAAAAUUACAAAAAUAAUCUGUAAUUAAUACAAAAACAAAACAGUUAAAUGAUAAAACAGUCAAAUGACUGGCAGUAAAGUAAAAUCUCCCUAUUUAAAUAAGCUGAAAACACUGUCACAUGACCAGCAGCAACAGAACAUUAAACUCUAACAGAUCUGUCUAGAUCUCAGCAUCUUUACUUAUUACAAUCCAGUUUGACUAUUACUUUCAUGCAAAACUUUUAGAUGUUGAUGUUUUAUUGAAAGUAGUACAUUUUGAAGUCACCGUUAUGGAGGUGAGCGUUUGCUUUAGUUGGGCUCUUGACCCUUGACUCUUCAGCAACAGUUAUUCUUUGGCGGCUAUGACUAUAACAUAUUUGUUUUAGGAAAAAUUGCAAGAGAAAUUCUAAUUAGAUGAAGUUGAUUACUUAUUGAUAAUUCAAUCAUCAUGUAGUGGUCAGAAUCAAAGCGAUUUAUUUUUUACAGAGUAUGAUUUAGGAAAUAUUUGAUUGGCAGACGCCCCUGCCAGUCAUUGACCAUUUCUUUUUUUUAGUGAUCAUUAACUAUUAUUUUCAGUAAUGGUAAAUGUGUGGCACCCUGUGCUGCCAGAUUUAUUGUUGUAGAUUAAUAGUGUGGUCCCUAUGAGGGAUUCCUGGGGGCUUUGUGAGGGAUGCCCGUGCAGGGCCAGAGCUAAGGGGCCAACGUUUUGCCAAUAGCCGCGUUUCCACUGUCGGGCCUAAAGCGGGCGUGCUAGUGCGUGCCAGGGCCAGUCGCGUUUCCACUGUCACUUCCGGGGCUUGAUCGUGCCUCGUCAGGGCUUCCUCGGGGCCAACGGCCAGGGUUUUUCGACCCGCUGAAUACCUUGGUCCAAAGCAGGCCAGCUCGGGCUUGAGGGAGUGGUUACGAACAAAGGCGGAGUUUAUCUGUGUGUGGAGACGGAGGCGCCAUGGAUGAUUACAUGUAGGUGAACAGCUAACAUCAGCAUUAAAGACUUUUAAAAACAUUUUAGCUCAAAACUCACUUUCAGACAGCAGCAAGUGUUUGAAAUAACUUCUGUUUGUGAUCCGAUGUGGAUCCUGAUCACCAGACUAUGCGCGCUAUUACCGUAGCAAACAUGGUAAAUAUGACGGCUUGAAGAAAUCAGACAAAUCAUAUACGUAGGCUAUCACAAUCAUGUAUUUAUUUUAUCUGUCAGCACGUCUCGUCUCUUAACGGACUGUCUGAUAUCCAUAUUUAGCUCCACAUAUUUCACAAAAUAAAGCAACUCCAGUUUUUCAGGAUUCCUCUGUUUCUCAGACUGAAAAUACAACUGUUGGGACUCACUAGAGAGAGUGCUAAAGCUCCUCAGGUCGUAUUUUUGGUGGAAAAUUUGUAGAAAUUAUCAUUCUUUGUAAAUGUGAUGUAAUCAUACUGUCCUAUGACUAUAAAUAAACCGAAACAGACACAACUGAAUAAAUGUGUGUGUCCUCUUUCUUUUGUGAAAUAACAGUAAAUACCACUUUAUUUCUGUGACUAAUGUUUAAUCUUGACACAAAUUAAUUCAUUACGAUCAAUUUGUUUGGUAAAACAUCGAUGCUUGGGUUUUUAAAUCUUUAAGUAAACAACAAAAUGCCAACAAACACCUGCUUUUAUCAUGUUCACUUUACGAUCUGGCUAGUUUCCAGUGAUUUCUUUCUGAUUAGGUUAAUCUUCCAACAGGACAACGACCCUAAGCACACAGCCAAGAUAACAAAGGAGGGCUAUGGGACAACUCUGUGAAUGUCCUCGAGUGGCCCAGCCAGAGCCCAGACUUGAACCCGACUGAACAUCUCUGGAGAGAUCUGAAAAUGGCUGUGCACCGACACUCCCCAUCCAACCUGAUGGAGCUUGAGAGGUCCUGCAAAGAAGAAUGGGAGAAACUGCCCAAAAAUAGAUAUUGGAGAUAAUGGGAGGCUGGACAGACGGAUGGUAGGAGCACACACCUCACUGACUGCUGUUUGGCAGACGAUGUUUUCAUAUAAUUUCUAGUUUUCUGGCAGACAAUAUUCCAGCCUCAGUCUUAAAUACACAACCGAAGAUUCACUUUGAGACGGAAGAAAAGUAAGAAUUGGCAGAAUGGAAGAUUCUCAGCUAUUUAGCAAACCAAAAACCCCAUUCACUGGUCCACUCCAGGGGGGCUUGCAGGAAGGGAAGAGCAUCAUCGUGAUUGGAACGGUUUUGCCAAAUGCCAACAGAGUUCAUGUGAACCUUGAGUGUGGUGAUGAUAUUGCUCUGCACUUUAACCCACGCUAUGAUGGUGGCCCUGCAUAUGUGGUGUUAAACACUCUUCAAAAGGGUAACUGGGGCACAGAGGAACACAAGUAUGAAUCUCCCAUUCUUCAAGGCAAACCACUCAUCCUGCAGAUACUUGUGACCAAACAGACAUACAAGAUAAGUGUCAACGGGAAACACUUCAUGGACUACAAACACCGUAUUCCUAUCACUGGGGUGAAAAGUAUGUUUGUGAAUGAUAUGGUGAAUCUGGAUUUCAUUGCCUACCAGAAGCCUGAGGUGGUCCCAUACAAAACCUUGUUCAAAAAUGGACUACAGCCUGGCAAAGACAUUGUCAUUUAUGGACUUCCUAACCCUGACUGUAAAAGGAUCGAGAUGAAUUUCCGUCACAAAUAUGGGAUUGCAUUUCACUACCUAUCCUAUUUUGAUGCGAAUGUGGUUGUCCGCAACACCUUUGAGAACGGGGCGUGGGGAAAAGAAGAAAGGAGUGGAGGUGUGCCUUUUAAAAAAGAUGAACUCUUUAAGGUCACCAUCUCCUGCGAUAAAGACCAGUUCACUGUGUUUGUGAAUGACCAGCAAGCACAUACUUACAAGCAUCGCUUUGCUAAACUGGAGGACAUUGACGUCUUUGAAAUUUAUGGAGACUUGCAACUGAUUUUUGUGAAACCCUUAUAAGGAUCCAGGUUUAUAGGAAGUGCAUAUUUAAAACUUCCCCUAAUGAGUUAUCAUUAUGCUUAAAAAAUAUAACAAAGUGCUAGAUUAUUUACAAAUUGUAGUCGAUUAGUGAUUCCACAUUACCUAACAAAAAUUGUACAUUUAAGGUAAUGUAAUUGGACUACUUUUGGAUACUUGGAUACAUUUUUUAAAUUAAAAUAAAUCAUUUUAAAAUUAAAACAAUCAAAAUAAAACGCUUUCUAAAAAGAUUAAAUAUUUUGUUUUGCUGCAUGUCAUGUGAUCAUUAACCGACAUCAGAGAACCAAAAGGCUUGUUCAAGAUGAACUACACUAGCCUUCCACCAGCUGGCGAGAUCUGCCCAUUGCAGGCGGGGGAGGAGUACAGAGAUGGCUUUCAGGUCCAAGUAGCACUUUGUGCCUUCCAUAAUGUGCUGAACUAACAUCAUUCAUGGCAGACCACACAAUUUUUGCAUUGAUUGCAGCCGAAGAAGUGGAUGCAACUGAAAUAAGAAUGCAUACUUGCUAGAUAGCUUAAUCUUAAUUUAUGUUAAUGUUUUGUGUGUUUUGUUUGAAUAUCAGAUAUUCAGUAUCAACAUUGGUUAAAGGAAAAAAAGGGGGGAAAAUAAAGUAUUAAGGUAUUCA